GAUAGCCUAGUUUGGUUCCAACCGCUCCGAGUACUCAUUGUGUCGAGCUACCGGCAUUCGUAAUCGGGAGGGCAGCGCGUCAUGUUGUUAUUAACUUUGUGGUCAGUGCUGUGCGUCGCGUCGGCUCAAGUCAGGCCGAAUAUUGUGAUCUUCCUUGCUGAUGACUUGGGAUGGAACGACGUCGGUUUCCAUGGCUCGAAUCAAAUCCCGACACCAAACAUCGAUGCGCUGGCAUAUUCUGGCCUCAUACUGCAGAACUACUACGUGACUCCAAUAUGCACGCCGUCGAGAGCUGCGCUUAUGACUGGAAAAUAUCCUAUACACACGGGAAUGCAACACACCGUCAUUCGAGGUGAAGAGCCGAGAGGUCUCCCUCUAUCAGAGAAAAUUCUUCCACAGUACCUGAAGGACUUAGGUUACAAAACACAUUUAGUAGGAAAAUGGCACUUAGGACAUUACAAGAGGGAAUAUCUUCCUAUGAGUCGAGGAUUUGACACGCACCUAGGAUUUUGGACGGGAAAAAUUGAUUUAUAUGAUCACACAAAUAUGGAAAUAGGCACUUGGGGCUUCGAUUUCAGGAGAGGUUAUGAGGUAGCAUACGAUCUCUUCGGAAAAUAUGCGACAGAUAUUUACACAAACGAGGCAGUCAAGCUAGUAGAAGCCCAUAAUAAAAGUGAGCCUCUGUUCUUGAUGGUAGCACACUCAGCGAUGCACAGCGGAAACCCUUCGGAGUUUCUGAGAGCGCCUGACUCCGUUAUUGACAAAUUCUCACACAUCAAAGACUCACAGAGGCGCAAAUAUGCAGCUAUGCUUACCAAACUAGAUGAAUCUGUCGGCAAAGUAGUAUUAUCGUUGAAGCAGAAAGGAUUGUUGGAGAACACGAUAAUUUUGUUCAGCAGUGACAAUGGCGGACCAGCUGCAGGAUUUAACGACAAUGCUGCUUCUAACUAUCCUUUGAAAGGAGUGAAAAAUACUCUAUGGGAAGGUGGCGUCCGUGGAGCGGCCCUAUUGUGGAGUCCUCUUAUAAAACAACCGUCACGAGUCGCGAAUCAAACGUUCCAUAUUGCUGAUUGGUUACCCACAUUGUACAGUGCCGCUGGAGGCGAAACCAGUGUUUUCAAAAAUCUUGACGGAUUCGACUUGUGGGAGGCCCUAUCCAAUGAUCAACCGUCUCAAAGGACCAAAAUAGUACAUAAUAUAGACGAUAUUUUCGGAUCAGCUUCUAUUACAGUGGACAAUUGGAAAUUGCAUAAAGGCACAAACUACAACGGCACAUGGGACUAUUGGUACGGCCCUGCUGGUCGGGACGGCAUGUACAACUUUGAUUUGCUUUAUAAAAGCUACGCGGGCGUAGCUAUCAACAACAUCACUGCAUUACCUGAUAAAGAACGAAUUACAAGCAUCAGGGAUGCAUCAACAAUAAAAUGCAAUAACGCUAAACCAAUCAACGAAUGCAAGCCACUUAAAGCGCCGUGCCUGUUUGACAUACAUGAAGAUCCUUGUGAGCUUAAAAACUUGGCAAAUGAGAAGCCAGAUGUUCUUCAAGAACUACUGUCUGAGCUAGAGAGAGUGAAUGCGACAGCAGUGCCACCUAACAAUGCAGAUUUAGAUACCCGAGGCGACCCAAAGUAUUGGGGACGUGUGUUUACAAACUUCGGUGAUAACGUUAGCUUAUAAACUCCUGUUUAAUUAGAUGUAAUAUUACUAUUUUUUACACAUAGAACUGAUAGAGUAACGUAAUACAAAUAAUUAAUAAGCUAUAGCUGGACUAUUAUGUUAUUAUCAAUUGGAAACAUUCGGACGUCUUUGGUCGUGAUUAUUCUUAGAACUAAUGACAUAGCAAACCGCGACCGAGCUGACUUGGAAUGUUUCAAAUUGACAAUUACUUAAUAGUCUAGCUGUUCUUGACUGAAACGAUAAUGAAUAAUACUUAUAACUCUUAACUUUAUAUAGGAUUCACUAUCAAAACUCAAGACAUUCAAUUUUAAAGUAUGUACCUUUAAUGUAAUUGCCAUUAAGUACAAUUUAUAUGAAUUAGGUAUGUUUAGUAACAGCAAUAAUGUACGUUAAGAAGGUUGUUUGUAUGUAUAAUGACUAUUUAUAAAAGGCUAGCUGGUUUAGCCUACCUACCUAAUGUGUUAAUCGAAUGUAUGCAAAUGUUAAUAUUAUUUUAAUGUGACGAAUGAAGUACAAUAUAAUAUUUUAUUACAUCCAAAAGUACAAUGACAUUCUACCAAACUAAAAUAUAAUACUUACUUAUAAAUAUUAUUAUAAUUUUAGACAAUCAAACCAUAACAAAAGCAUAAAUUCUGAACAAUGAACUACAAUGAGAACUCUUUUUGUAAAUAAAUUAAUCGUGAGAA